GAAGAAAAAACUGAAGCAAUAAGAAUAAAUAAUAAUGAUUAUGACCGAGAUAAAAUUAUUUAUAAUGAAGGGACAAGAAGAGUUUGUGAAAAUUGUAACCAAAAAUGUUUAGCUACAUUAUAUUGUGAAUAUUGUGUUCGAAAUUAUUUAAAAUAUAAUUUUUCAAAUUGGACUUCUGGAAAUAAUGUUAUUGAUAAUUUAAUAAAAAAUUGCCAAAUAGAAACAUUUAUACCAAGUAAAAUUAUUGAAUGGAUUUCAUAUAAUAAUUUAGAAAAUAUUAAAUAUCUGACAAAAGGUGGAUUCUCAGAGAUUUAUACAGCAGAUUGGAUUGAUGGAAGAUAUGUAGUUUGGGAUUCUAAAGUGCCACAAUUAGUAAGAUAUGGAACUCAUAAUGUAAUACUUAAAGAAUUAAAAAAUUUUGAAAAUGCAAGUCAAAGUUGGUUUGAAGAGGUUUGUAACUAA